CCGCCUCCACUUACCUUCCUUCAAAAAAUUUAGCAUUUCCAAAAUAUUUAUAACAUAAAGUUUUUUUUUUUUAAUUAAAAAAAUAAAAUAAAAAACUUAGGAAAAAAAAAUGAUUAUUAUUUAAUUAUAUAUUAAGAUAUGAUUUAAGAGAGAUAAAGGGCUUGAAGAGGUUCCUCUUCUCUUCUCUCUUCUUAGAUUUUGCUUCAAAUUCAGAAUAACCAAAAACUUUCUUCUCAUUUUCAGAGAUUUUCAUAGAGAUUUAGAUUUCGACACUGUAGAGAAAGAGAGAGAGAAAAAUUGAUUUUUUUUUUUUUUUGUGAGUAACAUGCAAUAGAUAUUAUUUAUUGUUGUUAAUAUAUAUUAUAUAUAAAAUGAGAGAGAGAAAAAAGAGUUGAAGAUUGUUGUUGUUCAAUUUUGGAAUGGUUCAUCAAUUACCCUUUUUCUGAUUUUGAUUUCUUUGCUUCGUUUUGGUUCCUUUUCAACACUGUUCCUUGAUUUUGUAAAGACAUGUUGGAGAAUCGUUCCUGUGUUGUUCCGAGGUCGUUUUGUAGCACUUGUGAAACAGAGAACGAUUGGUCUUACAUGAAGUACAUGCUGGAUUUAGACAUAAAAAAUGGCAAAAGACCAAUGGAAAUUGAUGCUGCUGAGGAUGAACAUCAUCCUAGGAAGUGUACUAAGAUGUUGGAAUCUUGUCACAUAGUUGAAACGGUUCGUAUCUCCUUUCAACAGCCUAAGGAUUCUGAUGUUUCUCAAAUGAAUCAGAAAACCAUUGAGCCAUUGAAUGAUGGUGAUUCAAUGGAUUCAUCAGAUUCUGGUAUUCAGCAAUCUGAUGAAGAACAGCAUGCUGGAGAUUCGUCGGAUUCUGGUUCUCUUUUGCCGCGGAUGAACCGAGACAGCUCAAUUGCUUGUCUUAGCCGCUGUUCAAGGUCUGAUUAUGGUUCGCUGGCUUCGUUGAACAGUAGUUUUCGUAACAUAAUCAGAAGUGGCGAGCUCUAUAGAUGGAGGAGAAUAAAUGGUAUCAAGGAACAUUGGGUUUAUUUCUCAUGUGCGCUUCUUGAAUGGGAAGCGUAUGAUCCUAUUCGUCAAAGGUGGAUGCAUUUGCCGAGGAUGGCUUCAAAUGAAUGCUUCAUGUGUUCUGAUAAAGAAUCUUUAGCUGUAGGAACCGAACUUCUCGUGUUCGGGCGGGAGCUUAGGUCUCAUGUGAUUUAUAGAUACAGUCUUUUGACUAACUCGUGGUCCUCGGGAAUGAGAAUGAAUGCUCCAAGAUGUUUAUUUGGCUCCGCAAGCCUCGGAGAGAUUGCAAUAUUAGCAGGUGGUUGUGAUUCGGAGGGACGUAUACUCGACUCAGCUGAACUAUACAACUCCGAGACACAAACAUUUGAACUACUCCCGGCAAUGAAAAAACCACGGAAGAUGUGUUCUGGUGUAUUCAUGGAUGGAAAAUUUUAUGUUGUAGGUGGAAUCGGAGGACGCGAUUCAAAGCUUCUUACAUGCGGUGAGGAGUACAAUUUACAAACUAGAACAUGGACCGAGAUUCCUAACAUGUCCCCCGGACGAAGUACUAGGGGUUCUGAGAUGCCUGCUGCAACCGAAGCGCCGCCUCUCAUUGCUGUUGUAAAUAAUGAAUUGUAUGCUGCUGAUUACGCUGACAUGGAAGUAAAGAAGUACGACAAGGAAAGAAAAUUGUGGAUUACCAUUGGUAGACUUCCGGAAAGAGCAAUGUCGAUGAAUGGUUGGGGGCUUGCAUUUAGGGCAUGUGGAAAUAUGCUUAUUGUCAUCGGUGGACCUAGGACUCACGGUGAAGGUUACAUUGAACUCAAUUCUUGGGUCCCUAGCGAAGGUCCUCCACAAUGGCGUCUACUUGAUCGAAAACGAUCCGGUAACUUUGUCUAUAAUUGUGCUGUGAUGGGUUGCUGAAGCAUUCAACAGUUCAAAAAUUACACAUUUUGAAGCAACUUUGAUUCAUCGUAUGUCCAUCGACACAACAUUCUUGCUAAUUGGUACUUUCCCCUUUCUAUGAUAUUUUCGUUUCGAAUGCAGGGGAUGAGAUUAAGACAUUAAUCAAGAUUAGGAAGGAGCACUUCAGUCUUUUAAUUAUAUGUCCAAAAUUUAAUUCACUUUUUUUUUUUGUUCCAUUGAAAAAUUUGUAUCAUCACCCCAUUUUCAUUGACAAGAUUUUUCAAAGCUUGGUAUCAUGUAGCAAAGGAAAUAGGUUAAAUAAUUCAAGUUCCAACACAGAUUUAGGUUACUUGUGUUUGUUUGUUUAAGCUUCUCUUGAAGGAAUGAAAUAAUUUUCUGGAUUAUUAUUAUGUAUUGAUUCAAUUUUCCAUUGGAAUUCAUGGAUUUUGUAUCUUCAA